AUGGCGGCGCGCGCAUGCCUGCUACUGCUGCUUGUCGGCGCCUGCGCAGCUCGCGAGUGCAUCGAACUUACCCUCUCGGAGAAGAGCAUAGCCGACAGCAUCUUUAAUGGAACAUUAUUAAAAAUUGCCGCGAAAAACGAGAGCUACGAUGACAGUGUUAAAACGAACGUUUUGCAACUUUGGGACAGGUUCCCGAAGAUCAUGGUCCCAAUGAAUGGAACUAGUGAGCAGUGCCGGAGGGAUAGUCGCCUCUUUCUGGACAGCUUGGACCGGUUGGAACUGUGGGCUUUAAAAAUGUUUGACGCCACUGCGAAACCACCGUCAGGCAUACUAAGCGGUAAUGCAAAUCAAUAUGGUGACUUCGACGAAUGUUUGGAAAUCGACGGCACAGUUCGAGGCAAGUACUGCUUGGCCUCUUUGCAAGUAACUCUGAAAGGCAACAAGGAGCUUGACCAUUUGGACACUUUGAUUCACAGUGGACAUUAUUUAAGAAGCAAUAUUACUGACAUGGGUCAUCGGGUACCACGGUAUUCCAGCUUAUUAUGGGGUAUUUGCAUACCAAGUUCGUGCAGCAGUUUUGAUCUAGAAGAAGAGCUAUCCCAAAAACUUUCGAGUCUGAACAUUUUAGUGAGGGUUCAGAACACAAUGUGUACCGUGAAAAACUUUAGCAGGCCCUAUUCUCUUGGGAAAACCCUCUCGAUAACAUUUUUCCUUGCAAUCAUUCUGCUUUUGAGCCUGGGAACGAUAUUAGACGACGGCAAGGAUGGCGCGACUAACUUCGAGAAGCUUCUCAACGCGUUUUCCCUAAAACGUAAUUUGAGGAAAGUGUUUGACUUGUCUGACGCGCCGACGAGGGUGAAGGGGGUGGACGCUUUUAGAGGACUGAAUGCGUUUGCUUUGCUCCUAGCUCAUAAGUCCAUGGCAAUGGCACAUAGCCCUUUCGCAAACAAGACCAGCUUUUCAGCAGUGUUCGGCAUGCCUUGGGCGGUGAUUGGCCGCUCCGCCAUUGUAUACACGGACAGUUUCCUGUACCUUAGCGGCUUUUUGAAUGCUCACAACCUUCUUCAAGAGUUGGAAAGAAAAGGGACUAUUGACAUGAAAAACAGAUUGCUCGCGCGAUGGUUUAGAUUAUUCCCGCUCUUCUUGAGUUUGAUGUUAUUUUGUACAUACAUCCUUCCUGACAUUAACAACGGGCCGCAGUGGAAUCUAGUUGUAGAAGAACAUAGCAGAGUUUGCGAAAAGAAUAUGUGGAAAAGCUUUCUAUUCAUUCAUAACUACUUCGGAUUUGAGGAAAUGUGCCUCACCCACACCCACCAGAUCGGUAUUGAUAUGCAGCUAUACGUAGCCACUUUACCUCUUAUGCUAAUAUUAUGGAAGUUUAGAAACCUGGGAUGGAUCCUUGUAGUCGGCAUCGCUGUGGCAUCAACCGUCCUCAGAUACAUGGCUAUUCACUGGUACGACAUCAGCAUGUUCGUCUAUUACGGAAUAUCAGUUCAAAAGUUGCUGGACGCGGCCCGAUAUUCUUAUAUAUUGCCGACCCAUCGCGCUACGAUAUAUCUUAUUGGAGUCGCAAUGGCAUACGUUAUGAAAUCGAAAAAGUUGAGAUUGAACCUUAGUAAUACUCAGAUCCGGUUUCUGUGGGCCGCGUGCUUCAUUAUAGCAGCCUUCACUAUAGCGAGUCCCUACCAGAUGGGCCUCGAAGGUUACCGUUACGAACACUUCCCAGCGGCCAUGUUUGCAGCUUUCUCGCCGAUCCUGUGGGGAUUAUCCAUGUGCAUAGCGCAUUGGGCUAUAUGCAACGAUUAUGCAGGUGUUGGCACAACGAUCGUGGAAUGGCGAGCGUUUAAAUUCUUCAACAAGAUCGCGUACGGGGUCUACCUGACUCAAUUCCCAAUUUUCUUCUAUAAUGUCGGCGUACAGAGGCACGCUGAAUUCUACACGCCUCUGCUACUUUUGCAUAUACCAGAGAUGAUUACCGUACUGGUGAUAUCCAUUCUCGCUACUGUCGCAAUCGAGAUGCCCUUCAAUCAAGUAUAUAGAAUAUAUUUCGGUAAAUCACAGACAAAAUUAAAAGACAAAUGA